GUCUCGUAUGAGACUUGGGACGGCGUUGGAGCACUGAUAACCUCCUCCGCCCGGUGAGGGAGGACGGAAGACUGUAGCGGAUCCCAUGACUGGGUGGACCCUAUUCCCACAGGAUGGCUCGUGAGGAGGCUGGGAGGCUGCCCCAAGUACUGGCCCGGGUGGGGACCUCCCACGGUAUCACUGACCUGGCCUGCAAGCUCCGCUUCUAUGACGACUGGGCUCCGGAGUAUGACCAGGAUGUAACUGCUUUGAAGUAUCGAGCCCCACACCUUGCUGUGGAUUGUCUCAGUCAAGCCCUUCAGGGCCCACCCCACGAUCCCCUGAUCCUGGAUGUGGCCUGUGGCACUGGCCUGGUAGCUGUGGAGCUACAGGCUCGGGGCUUCCUUCAGGUGCAGGGGGUGGACGGAAGCCCAGAAAUGCUGAAGCAGGCCCGAGCCCGUGGCCUGUACCACCACCUUAGCCUCUGUACCCUGGGCCAGGAGCCGCUGCCCUACCCUAAAGGGACCUUUGACGCCGUGAUUAUUGUGGGCGCUCUCAGUGAGGGACAGGUGCCCUGCAGUGCCAUACCUGAGCUACUAAGAGUCACCAAGCCGGGUGGACUUGUUUGUCUGACUACCAGGACCAACCCUUCCAACCUUCCAUACAAGGAGGCACUGGAAGCCGCCUUAGACUCCCUGGAGCAGGCUGGAGCGUGGGAACGCCUGGUGACCCAGCCUGUGGACCACUGGGAGCUAGCCACUUCAGAAAGAGAGUCAGGGCUGGCCACCUGUGCCAACGAUGGCUUCAUCUCUGGCGUCAUCUACCUUUACCGAAAGCAGGAGACAGCCCAGGGUGAGAGAGGGAGGCUCAGUAUCCAGCCCCUAAUUGACCACUGAUCCUCUAUGUA